CAUAUGUAUUAUUUAACAAACAUUAUUUUAUUGUUUAGUGUGCUGCUGUUUUUUCUUUCUUGAUGUGACUCUAUAUCCAGCAAAGUGCUCCAGUGGAUUACCUUUAAACAAGAUAAUUUACUUCUUUUGUGGUGUUUCUUGCUGUCAUGGCAUGAGCACACAUAGUCAAUACAGCAUCCUUUUAAGCACUCAGGAAUCCCGUAAUGUACGCAGAUAUUCCCUAGGGCGUGUCACAUUAUCUCCCUCUGGCCUUUUGUCUUUCACCCGUUACACUGAACGAGCAUCUUAAAACGCAGUACAAUAGGACUCGAACACUCGCAUCACUGCCUGACACUGCACUGCGGUUUUGUUUUUUAAUUGAAGGUCAGAUUUUUAGUUGAGAAGAUAAUCUGGAGGAGAGGAGGAAGGAGGAGUUACUUCUGACGGCUGGAGCACAAGGUGAAGAUGGACAAGUCAGAAAUGUUUGGCUUCUCUCUGGAGUCAGACGACAGGACGGAGGAGGAGAAAGCACGGCAGAAAGAGGCAAAGAAGGGCGGCCUGGUUUCUGCCCUGGGAUUGGGUCAGGAGUCGCCCAAGGCUCCCAUGGACACUGAUUACCAGGAGGAAAUGGAGGACCCCAAGCCUCAGAUUAGAUUCAAUCUUAAUUUUGACAAAGGGAUUCGAGGCGUGGGGGAGCCCAGCACGAAGAGAGACAGCAAGACGUUCAGCAUCGACAGGUUGUUUGAAGCAGCAGCCAGCAGGGACGCCCGAAACCUGGAUGGCCUUCAUCAGUACCUGCACCAGAAUAUGAAGAAGCUGUCUGACUCUCUGUAUCAGUCGUAUGGUAAAACUGCCCUGAUGAAGGCUCUGCUGCACCUCAAGGACGGCAAGAACGAGACAGUGGAACUGUUAAUCGACAUUUCAGAGAAGAUGGGAGACGUUAAAGAGUUUGUUAAUGCAGCAUACACCAACACCUACUACAAAGGCCAGACCGCUCUCCAUAUCGCCAUUGAGAGGAGGAGUAUUUCCUACGUGAAGCUGCUGGUCAGUAAAGGAGCAGACGUCCACGCCAAAGCCUGUGGAACAUUCUUCCAGCCACACGAUGGCCCCAGCUUCUACUUUGGUGAGCUGCCUCUGUCUCUGGCAGCCUGCACCAACCAACCCGACGUGGUGGACUUCCUCAUGGAGAACGGGUACCAGUCAGCGGAUGCCAAGCUGACCGACUCUCAGGGAAACACGGUGCUGCACGCCCUGGUGGUGGUGGCUGACAACUCUACGCACAACACCGAGUUCAUUACCAACAUGUAUGACCGCAUCCUCAAGACCACCGCCCGCCUGCACCCCAAGCUGAAGCUGGAGGACAUUGAGAACCACAAGGGGCUGACGCCUCUCAAGAUGGCUGCCAAGACUGGAAAGAUCGGGCUUUUUUCACACAUCCUGCAACGGGAAUUCCAAGACAGCAACACCAAACAUUUGUCCCGUAAAUUCACCGAGUGGGUUUACGGGCCCGUCCACAGCUCCCUGUAUGACCUGGCCUCCGUGGACUCAUAUGAGGAUAAGUCCGUGAUGGAGAUUCUGGUGUACGGCAGUGACAUCCCUAACCGCCACAAGAUGCUGCAGACGGAGCCUCUGGGCCAGCUGCUGGAGGAGAAGUGGAGGACGUUUGCAGGCCGAAUGUUUUUCCUCAACUUCUUGGUCUACAUCCUGUACCUGACCAUCUUCACUCUUGUAGCCUACAAUAGGAAAUUUGGAAAGCCGCCAUUUCCUGUCGAAAACAACUUAAUGGGUUACCUGGAUCUUUCAGGCCAGCUAGUGAUGGUGCUGGCAAACUGCUAUUUCUUUCUCGUAGGGGUCGCAGAGAUGAAGAGGAAACAGCCAAAGCUGCAGACGUUGCUGAUUGAUGGAUAUUAUGAGAUACUUUUUUUGUUGCAGGGCGCCCUCUUCCUGGUCACAGCCGGGCUGUAUCUGUUCAGGCGGCAGGAGUACAUUGGCUUCCUGGUGCUGUGUCUCGCUCUCAGCUGGGUCAACACACUCUACUUCUCCAGGGGCAGCAGACACAUGGGCAUCUACAGCAUCAUGAUACAGAAGAUGAUCCUCAGUGAUAUCCUGCGCUUUAUUGUUGUCUACCUCGUCUUCCUCUUUGGAUUUGCAGCAGCGUUGAUCACUCUGAUUGUAAAGCCUCCGAAAAACAUGACUGCUGUGACUCAGCCACCACAACAGGGGCGUCUCUUUGGUCCCCUUGCGCCUGACGAGGAGUGUGUAAAACCCACCUUUGAAAACUUCGCCUUCACCCUGCUGGAGCUCUUCAAGUUCACCAUCGGCAUGGGCGACGUGGAAUUCGUCCAGGAUGGCGAGAACAAGGUGGUUUUCUACAUGCUCCUCAUUGGCUACAUUAUUCUUACGUACAUCCUGCUGCUCAACAUGCUCAUCGCCGUCAUGAACCGCACGGUGGAGAGGACCACCAGCGAGAGCGCCAGCAUCUGGAAGCUGCAGAGGGCCAUCACGAUCCUGGACAUGGAGAGGAGGCUGUCUUGCUGUCUGAGGGAGAGGUAUCGCUGUGGGGUGGAGAAGAACCUCGGCACUGCUCUUGGAGACGACCGUCGCCGGUGUUUCAGAGUGGAGGAAGUCAACUGGAACAAAUGGAACAGCAACCUGGGCAAAAUCGAUGAGGAUCCUGGGUGCUGGGAUCGAGACCACCAGCCUACCUCACACAGACUAUCGAACAGACUAUACAGAGGGAGGAGCUGGAGAGACUUUUCGUUGGAAGGCAGCCUGUGGCGGCGGCAGACACAGCAGUCCACAGAGAUGACUCCUCUGAGCAGCACGCAUGUCUAAAGAGACAACAGAGAGUUUCCACUGUGGCUGCUCAGCCUGACUGACCCGAGCAUCAAGGCAUUCGAACCUAAAGACAGUAUUCAGUUUCAGUUCCCUCAGAAAUGUAACUGUGUGUGAACUGCCUCUCUGACUGAGUGAUACUCUCCUAUCAGGUUGAUUUUAAAUUCAGCAUUUGAGACAAUAUUUCACUGAGAGGAGCAGUGAGGAGGACUAUAUUAGUGAUAUUUGUUCAUUCGACUGAUAUAAUGGUGUAAAAUAGUAGAAUUUAGAAUACAUUUAAGGGACAGUUCAGCCCAAAAAUACAUAUUUCAACUCUCACCUUUGGUGCUUUUUACCAAUCUAGAUUUUUUUUGGUGUGAGUUGUCGAGUGUUGGAGAUACUGGCCGUAGAGAUGUCUGCCUUCUCUCCAAUAUAAUGGAACUAGACAGCACUCGGCUUGUUAAAAUGCCGAAAAAAAUAAAUUUAAAAAAACGCAACAGCAAUGUCUCUUUCCAGAAAUCGUGACCCAGUUACUCAAAAAUAAUCCACAGACUUUUGUUGUGUCUCAAAUCAGAUACGUAUAUAAUUGAUAUUUUUAUAAUGAUAAUAACAAUCAUUUACAGUCUCUGUUAUGUGGUAGUUGAUCUGUUCCUCUGUUCGGAGGGUAAGGAGCUCCUGGACCUCGUUGUUUUCCCACGGCGCAGAUUUUUUCAGCCGCUGUUGAGCUUCUUAUUUGAGCUAGCUGCUAACUGCUAGCAGCUGCUUUUUAAGUUUCCCACUGUAGCUUGUACACUAAACACGUCAUCAAAACGUCCUGUGCCACCCAUGGUCUCAUUCUGCCAGCUGUCCCUUUUAUACAGACGGUUGUUUUGGCGCUGUUAUGACCUCCAGUGCCGGCUUAACGGUGAGACAACUCUGUGCACCCAUUCCACACUUUUACCUUUUAUAGGGAACGGAGAGGCCGACAUAACGGCAUGAAAUUCCCGUCUAGAAGAGGCAGUGUAAAAGAAGCUAUUAACUCAUUAGAACUGCUGGUGAAACAGCCAACAGUGUGAGCCACGGACAUUCAUAACGUGCCCUGAAAGCACGUUCAUUUUUAAUAUACUAUGUGCUUGUGACAGUGCAAGAUAUAAACAUUAAUGGCGUCCUCUGUAAUGUUAGCUAGCUCAUUGGUGCUAGAUGUGCUAGCAGUAGAUGCACGCUUCCCUCUGCAUGGUGAUGCGGUUGCUGGUAGUAGUUCUGUAGAAAGAAAAUAGUUCCAACAUGAAACUUGUCACAACAAGGUCUGUGGAUUGUCUUGAGUAUCCAGGUCAUGGUUUUUGCAAAGAGACAAUGCUGUUGAGUUUUUUUUGCUGCUUUGCGCACCACAAGCCG